AUGGCAACAUUAGAGCUUGAAUCGCUUAUUAAGGAACCCGAUGAAAAUUCAAUCGCGAAUCAUGUUGUCGAUUUUCUCAAUUCUCGCUUUAAUGAGCUGGAAGAUCUUGGGAAGUUGAAUACAGUACUGUCCGAAGUAAAAAAUAAUGAACAGAAAUUGAAUGAAAAGUCUAAAACUUCAGAAAUACUCAAGCAAUCUCUUCAAGCCUUCAACUCCACAGUCACAGAACUUGAGGAUCUUCAAGCCACACGUCUAGAACUUGAAGAUGUAUUAACUGAUUAUUGUAAUAACGUGACUUCUUCCAAUCCAUCGAAUUUACAAGAAAACGUUUCAAAUAAUAAGACACUAAUGGAUGAGUUAACCAUGCUGCAACAACAGAUUGACAGCCUAUUAAGAUCAAAGCAGUAUCUCAAAGUGUUAGUUGUCGCCGAAGAAUUGAGCAAUGGUGCUGGCCAUGUGGUCACUCAUUUGGACGUGUUUUUGCAACAAAGUGUGGAUGUACUUUGGGAAGACAUGAAAGAUAAAUUGAAAAAGAAAUUUCAACAAUCACUUGAUGCGCUUAAUUGGCCAACGCCAGUGAAACUUCCGAAUCCACAAGUCACAACUGACAAGUUAUCAUCAUUUAAAAAAGCAUUUACUGAAUUACUUUUAUUACAAAGGCCGAUUAAUAUUUCAGAUGAAUCAACUUCUACAAAAUCUUCAUCUCCUGAUCAAAAUGAUGAACUUCCCCCUCUUUUACCCAUUCAAAUAAUGGUCGAACCUUUGAUCGUACGAUUUCGUUAUCAUUUUGAUUCGAAAAGACCUACUAGUCGCAUAGAAAAGCCUGAAUGGUAUUUCUCUCACGUUAUCACCACAAUAAAUGAUCAUUCGCCAUUCUUAAAAGGUGCUAUACAAGCUAUUGUAGAUGAGGCUGGUUUUCAAGAAUAUCACGCAAAGUUGACACAGAGUGUACCAACAUUAUUGAAAUCCCCACAAAUAUUUUCACAUACAGUUUUCGAAACUUUACAAUUUGAUCAAACGCUUCGCGAAUUACAUAUGUAUGUCCCACCAGGACAGAGUGAAUGGAAAGGGUGCGUUGAAGUUUUUACUGGAAAAAAAGAGACUUUUAAGGCUUGGUUAAAAGUUGAAAAAGAAUUUGCAGAAGCGCGUUAUAAUGAGAUAAUGCAUUCGGAGGAUGCAUGGGAAUUGAUAGACGAGGAUAUCCCAGAAGAUGACUUUAGGCCAACUAAAUCUUCUGGAAAAUUAACAAAUCUUUUGGAGUUAAUUACAAUGGAUGCAUUUGAAAAAAGUUUGAGUUACUCUUUUGUAAGAUCUGUUCCAAAUUCUGCAAAUUCGGAUGGAAAAUCACAUACUGGAAUUGAAGAUUUAAAAAGAUUAUGUCGAUGGCUUAAUAGUGCCGGCUUUGUUAGUCGAACAAUUAAAGAAUGGGGUGAAGAUGCUUUUUUCCUUGAACUAUGGCAUGAAGUCACUUUACGUGCAUCUCGUAAUACCAGUACUUCACCCUUGCCAUCACCUACCUCAUCCGAAAGUUCUGAUCAACUACAAGAGACAUCAUCUGUGUAUCAAGAAGAGCAGAUUACCGUUGACGAGGGAACAGUUUUUGAUGAUCCCGCAGGAUCAUUUGAUAAAUUGUUGUUAUUCAGAAAUACUUGGUCACGAUCUGACAUUUACAACAUUGAUCCUACUAUAAUAUCCCACCAACCAUUGUGCAAACAACCAGAGACAACUGCAACUUCAAAAGAUAAUAACGUCAAUAUAGAAAUUGAAUUAUCACCGGAGCUUUAUACACCAUUGUCAGAUUUGGCACAUUCUCUCACGUUUCUAUCCAACCACUUGCCUAUAAGAGUAUUUAAAUCUAUUUUCAAAGAAAUAUCUAAAGAAAUAGAGGAUUAUUUGUGGAAUCGAGUAUUAAUGAGAAAUCAGUUUUCUGAGAUGGACGUUUGCGUUCUUCUUACUAUACCUUCGUCUCAUCAGACGACAUCCGCUGCUAAACAAAAUAACUCUGCUCAACAAAAAACACUGAGCCAAAUUAUGCGUGUUUUAUUUGAUAAUGAUUUAGAAAUUACCGAAGUACAUAAAGUGCUUGAAAAUUUGAGUAUUUAUCAUCUAUCACCAGAAGAGGCUAGAGAUGUU